AUGCAUCACGCAAGCGGAAGCUCCGAGUCACUCGAGCUAACAGCAAUUUCUUCUCAACUUGGCGUCGAUCUCUCCGAGCCCCGAUCAUCAACUGAUCGUCUCACCCCCGACGCGAGGACAUCUGAUUUCAAGAAAACCUCAGCCAAACCGUUCAAACUCUUUAAAAAGAAAGCACACAAGCGCGACUUUGAUUUCAGUGGUUCUUGGGUAUGGGAAAUUGGCAGUGCCGCUGUCGCCGUGAUUGGUAUCGCUUUACUGGUCGGAUUCCUUAUCAAAAUCCACGGAACAAAGUAUGCAGACUGGCAAUACACUGCAGCGCCAAAUACGGUGGUCUCGAUUAUUGUGACUGUUACCGAAUCCGCGCUUCUUGUUCCUAUUACAGCCUGUCUCGGUCAGCUCAAAUGGAACUUGUACCGGAGGUCGGUCCCCCUUGAGUACAUGCAAGCCAUUGACGAGGCAAGCCGUGGUUCCUUCGGAUCAUUUCAGAUACUAUACCGGGUAAUUUCAGGAUCCAAAAUGGGUGUAUUGACAUUUUUCGGGGCCUUUCUCACCAUCUUGGCCCUGGCAGUCGACCCCUUUGCCCAGCAAAUCCUCACUUUCCCUUUACGUCCAACUGAAUCUGUAAACGAUACGGCGUCUAUACAAUACGCACAUAACUACAGCUCUGGACUUGCCGAAUAUCCUAGUUGGGGUCUUCCUCAACCUGGGCUUUCUCCACUACUACCACGCGCUAUCCUCAGUGGAAUUUCACUUUCAAAUACUUCCCUCCAGCCUGAAUGCAGUAGCGGGAGCUGUACCUAUCCAGGAUUUGUCUCAUUGGGUGUCUGUGGCCAAUGCAAAAACGUCACUGAGCAGACAACCCAGGCUUGCGAAGGAUAUGCCUUGGAAAGCAAUGGUGUAGAUUUGGUGAUAUCGAACCCGAGUAUUAAAUGCACUUACACAUCACCUUACGGGCUCAACGCUACCCUUUACCUAAAAGAUCUGUUAGGUUUUGGGACCGAGGGACCGAACAGCUCAGUCUUUAAGUGGAUUACUGGUCGUCUGUUCCAAAAUUGGCAGUACCAAUAUUUGAUAUUGACCGCUCUAUAA